AUGGCCGCUAACAUGUCGACUCCCAACGGAAAUGACCUGCACAAGUGGACGGCGCUGGUAGAGGCUGGAUUUGAUGCCUGUUUCGGUCCAGAGUCGCAUGACCAUGGGGAUGCUUUCGAUAUCUUUUCUCCUGACCAUCCAUCACUGGAAACCACGGAGUGUUUCCAAAACAACAACUCCGAACUAGGCUUUUCCCAGUAUCUCGAGGACUCCUUGUUCUCCGAGCUCGAGAUCCCAUCUUGCGGCGAGCCCAUUUCUCCCAUCGAGCAUGAGUUCACUUCAAGUGACAGCAACAAGGAGGGCUCAACAACUACAGCGAACUCUCCGAGUUCCCUGUUUUCCGUCGAUACUCCGACGUCCCAGACUGAGCCUCAGCCUCAGCCCCAGCCUGGGGCCCAGCAUCAGCCCCAGAGUCAAAUGAUCAACAAUAACGAUGCCGACUCCUCCUGUUCCGACCUCCAGGAUCCUGUCUUCAAUGUGAGCACUUCUCACGUUGAAGACAAACCUGACCACCAAACUCCGUCUCCCACUUUGGCUCCACAGACCCCCAAAGUUUUGCCUAUUCGCCAGCCUCUGACCCUCCCCAAGCCUCUGGCACUUCCCCAGCCUUUGAUUCUGCCAACACCUCUGUUGCAGACUCAAACUCAGGCUGGCACUCCUACAGCCACGGGAACCAAGCGAAAGGAGUCCCCAGUUGACCUUGAACUGGCCAACAAACCCAAGGCCAGCCGCGCGGGCAAGAAGUGUGUGCCCAAGUCAUGCUGUCGCUGUAAGCGACGCAAGGCCAAGUGCAUCAGGGACGGCAGUGGGGAUUGCACAUCCUGUGCCAAGGCAGGUCUGCCCUGCAUCUGGGAGAAUGUCGACCUCCGAGAGAAGUCGGCCGUCAGUGAGGUCCUGGAAACAAAGAGGAUCGCCCACCACAAGGCGUACAUUGCCGCAGCGGACCUUGUCGCCAAGUCUUAUGGCUUUGUCCAAGAAUCGGUCCCCCACGCCAAUGUUUUCGACGGAGUCAUUGCCUCACUCACAGAGAAGCGGAAUGCCAACUCAGAUACACUGAUCCAGGCCAUGCCAACCAUCGCACGUUGCGUGGCCGCCAUGGGACUGGUCAUCACAAUCGACCCGGCCCAGAGUGCACCAAUCCCGCUUGUCAACCAGAGCUCGCACACCAAGCCACAGCUCAAGAAGCAUCUUGACGCUUACGAGCGUGCUUCGGGAGAUAUGAUCAACAACUUCCGCAAGGCCAUUGUUGCCAUGAUGACGCCAAUUAAUGAGUGGCCAGAGGCACAGGCCUCAGAACGCAUCGAACUGUGUGCCUUGGUACUCUCGUUCAACUUCGACAAGAUUAUCGAGUGGGGUGCCUCGAGCGAUUGGGCACAGCAGCUGGUGGAGCAAUGGGAGGCGAAGAACAACUAA